GCGUCCCGGUGACGUCCGCAGGCUCGCUUCCCGCUCCAUCCGCGAGAGGAAUAGUGCCCAGCGCUGACGCCUAGAGAGCGCCGGCCUCGGGCUAGGCAGUGUGCUGAGCCUUUGACGUACGGCGACUCAUUUAAACCUCGUGGCAGGCCCGUGAGGGACAGCAGACCCGCUAUACCUCUUUGUGGAAGGGAAACGAGGCGCUGACGGGCGGACGCUGGGCCCCAAGAGUUACGCACGGAGGUGGUUGGCCCUGCUCGGUCCGCCAGCACGGUGCCUUUCGGCAUUGGAGGGCUUUUCAGAAUACUUAGCCAUGUUGCUUGAAGUUUCCUUUGAUUUUUUCUUCUUUUUUGCAAUUUUUUAUUUAAGUACAUACACAUACAGAAAAGUACCAAAAUCAUAAAGCGCAACUAGCGGGACUGUUCGGAGUUAGAGGGGUCCUGGACGUGGAGCGAGGGCUCGGCGCUCAGGACAGCUACGUGAAGACGUUGUCAUCGCUAAUCCGCUUUCCCAGAUGGGGAGACCCGGCCUGCAAGCCGAGGCCCGUGGUCCAGAGUCCGCUCCUGGACCCUAGCAGGGCCUGGCCUCGGAUUACCAGGCCAUGGUUCCGCCACUCUCGCUUUGGCCCAUUCUGCCGCGGGAGUCUUGCUCCUGCGGCGGAGCAGGACGACGGAAGUGCUUCCAGCAGGGACCGCCCCGUCCGGCGGUCCGUCGCUCCGGCGUUCCACUGCCCGCGCAGGCAGAGUUCCGGGCUCCCGACCGCCCGCCCCGCCCCUUGACCGCCACCACUGCCUCCCCCGCCCCGCACCAUGGCCGCUGCGGCCGGGGAUGGCGCGGUGAAGCCGCUGCAGAGCGCUAUGAAGCUGGCUAACGGGGCCAUCGAGCUGGACACUGGCAACCGACCCCGGGAGGCAUAUACAGAAUAUCUGAGGAGCAUUCACUACAUCUCCCAGGUUCUGUUGGAAGAAGCAGAAAUGACCAAAGAAGCCGGGGAAACAGUGCCCCUAGACACCUCGAAGAUGCUGAAGUUGGCUGAACAGUGUUUGGAGAGGGCCCAAUCAACUGCUGCCAAGCUGGGGAAACCAUGCCUGAAGCCAGCCAAGCCUAUGACUGCUGCAGUACCCUCACCAACCAGUCGACACCGCCGGGUGUACUCAGAUGAAGGGGGCAAGCUCUCUCCUUUUCUACCUCCUGAAAUCUUCCAGAAGCUUCAGAUGGUGGAGUCACAAAACUCUAAAAAGGAGCUGACACCCCUGGAGGAGGCCUCUCUGCAGAAUCAGAAGCUGAAGGCUGCCUAUGAGGCCCGUAUGGCCCGUCUGGACCCCACCCAGGCUGUGCAGAAGACGUCCCUGACCCUGUCCCUGCAGCGGCAGAUGAUGGAGAACCUGGUGAUCGCCAAAGCUCGAGAGGAGACGGCACCCUUUCUGCCCGUCCUUGGUGUCCCACGGAGACAUCCAGAGUACAGCCUUGGGGAGGAGGUCGGGCAGCAGUAUGGAUGCUGGUUGUCAGUGAGGAGAGCAGAGGUGUUCUUCCGGGGGGUUCUCCCUCCCCCACAUAUACUUUUGUCUGCUCAUGUCCUCCUGACCUCAAACAGGCUGUCCCCUCCCUCAGAAGCCUUUCUGGGAACGGCCCCCUCCAAGUGGGCACCUGCCCCCUUCCCACCCACUGAGCCCUUGUGUCCACUGUACCCUCCUGGACCUCGUGGGUGCUCAGUGCAGGUGUGCAAAGAGGAGGGUCAGGGUGGGUCAUCCAGCAAUGGCUCCUUGACUCUGUGUCCAGCUCCAGAGGAAGAUGGAGGAGCGCCGGCUGCGACUACAGGAGGCAGCCAACAGGACUGGCCAAAGCUCUGGAGGGCCAAGCUCAAGAGGAGCCCUGGGGACCUGUCACUUGUCACCAGCCUGGUCUCCCACCUCCUCAGCCUUCCUGACCACCCCAUCUCGCAGCUCCUGCGGAAGCUUCAGGGCACAGUGUACAGCGCAUUGUACCCAGUGGUGAGCAGGGCCACGCUGAGCACCACGCCCGCCCCCGGCUACUGCUCUCUACCCUCAGACACUGAGGGGCCAGUGGCCCCCGGGAGCCGGCGGCUGCGUGCCUCCCAGAGCCUCCACUGCGUGUUGUGCCCCCCGGAGCCAGCUCUGCGGCCACAGGACGGGCUCCCCAACAGAGGAGCUGAUGGCAGCCCCAAAGGGCCUCCCUCACCCCUGGGGGAUGCCAUGUCCCGUCUGCGGGACAAGGACAGCUCCUUUGAGGACCUGGAACAGUUCUUGGCUACAUCCGAGAGGUGGGGCCUGAGCCCCGGGGGGCAGUCCGAGUCACCGAACCCCGGAGUUAAGAGAGAACCCUUGCUGGAGCAGCUGAAGAGCACCGUGAAAGACAUCCAUAAUGCCAUAGACAGGCUGCUCUCACUGACCCUUCUGGCCUUCGAGGGCCUGAACACGGCCGCCGCCAAGGACCGCUGCCUGGCAUGCAUGGAGGAGGCCUUCUUCUCCCCACUAUGGGCCCCACUGCUGGCCCUAUACAGGAGUGUGCACCGAGCCCGGGAGGUGGCCCUGAGCAGGAGCAUGGAGCUCUAUAGGAACACGGCCCCCACGGCUCUCGGUGUCCCUGCCAAGCUCCUCCCCCAGGAUGCCGAGGCCCAGGGCACAGGCACCUACCCCUAUCAUGCUGCAGUCCAGGAGCUGGGGCUGCUGGUCCUAGAGAGCUGCCCCCAGAAGAAGCUGGAGUGCAUUGUGCGAGCCCUGCGGGUCAUCUGUGCAUGUGCGGAGGACUGCUGCCGGGCCCAGGAGGCCAGUGUCCCGCCCGGUGCUGCUGCUAUUGGUGCUGAUGACCUGCUGCCUAUCCUGUCCUUCGUGGUGCUGAGGAGUGGCCUCCCCCAGCUGGUGUCAGAGUGCGCAGCCCUUGAGGAAUUCGUCCACGAGGGGUACCUGAUAGGAGAGGAGGGCUACUGCCUGACCUCACUGCAGAGUGCCCUGAGCUACGUGGAACUGCUGCCCCAGGGAGCCCUUGGCAAGUAGCUGGGUGCACCCCAGGCCCCUGCCGCCCCCCUGUACUCAAGCCACACUUCCCAGGAGCUUCCACUCUGCCAGAGGUCAGAUGGCAGGAGGUUGUGGUUGGGGCCUCCAGCUCUGUCCCCCUCCGUAGCCCAACACCUGCUCUCAGGUUCUAUCCAUAACAGGAUGGGGCCACCAGCAGGGAACUAGGCCCCUCUCUCUCCCGCCCUAGGUCUGAGAGGUUAUGUGGAGGGAUCCUGGAGCACCCAGGGGCCCACCUGUUCAGCCCAUGA